UGAAGCUGUAAUUCAACGAUGUAAAAAUAUACACGUGCUUUUAAAAAUCAGCACUAGACCUUAUUCUAAAAAUUCGAAAGAAGAAGGCCUGAAAAUGAACGACCGAAAUGACGAUUUAAUGAAAUUUUUCUGGAAAUUAGCUGAAUAUGAUGAAAAUUGCACAGUGAAAACUACAAAACAGCUAUUGAGAAAGUUGGAAGAUUCACAAAAGGACUACGACUCGGUGGGAAAGGAUUUGAAAUACACACUGCGAAGACUUGUGAAGGGUGUAUCCUCCAACCGAAACUGUGCCCGACAAGGUUUCUCUGUGGCACUGUGUCAGAUUUUGCGGAAAUUUACUGUCAUCAGUCCAGAAAAGGUGCUAGCCUCAGUAACCAAACAUCUCCAGCUGUCAAAGCAGGAUGGCAAAGCUGAUACUGGAAGUAUCCUCCUAGGGAGAGCGAUGGUGUACAUGGCUCUGAUCCAGUCGGGGAGACUGGCACAGGGUUCUGCUGAAUGCAUUAAAACAGUGGCUGGUCAUCUUCAAGACAUGAAAAGAAAACGUUCCUAUCUCCAACAGAUCUGUAUUGGUGCCAUUAUUCAACUCAUAGCCCAGGUUGAUACCGAGAAGUUCCAGGAAUGUGUGCUGCCAUGUAUACAGAAAGAGCUGAUGCAGGGCUGGGACAAGUGUUCUCCAGAUUCCCUACUGCUGUUACUGGUGUGUCGCAAAAAAUACAAGAAUCUGAUUGGAAAAUCGUUUCUCAAAGAGCAUUGGAGUCGACCCAAAAUCAUCACAGAGAAAAACUUUGAUAACAUAUGGCGUGUUGUGUUAAAAUCAUCGGAGACUUACCCUGUGAUACAUCCAGUCACUCCAGAGGUCAUAGAGCAUUUUGUGAAGUCAGAUGUGUCAGUAGCCGACUUCUGGUCUCGUGGAGUCAAUCUGCUAUUCUGUAGUAACCACACACGCUCCACCAAUCUGGGACUUCAUAUACUCGGUGAAAUAAUUCCACACAUCGUGACACCAGGGGAGGCCGAGUCUGUGUGGUGUCCGACAGUCCUGUCCGUACUGGUUCGACAUAUAGACAAGAAACUCAACAAGGAUAACCCUGUACAUGCUAUGGCCAGCAAGGUGACCAACAGUUUGGUAACAUAUCUCCAGAAGUGUGGCGAUGGUAAGAUACAACAUGCAGUGCUGACAAAACUGUUUGAUCUGAAGGGUGAGAGAGUAAGCACAGAUAUGAGCCGAGUGAUUGAGAGGAUCACACUAAGUUUGACAUCAGAUGGAGCUGAGCGUUAUGGAAAUUUCUUAAUGAAAUACUUUGCUGACACUAUUGAAAGGAGGGAUAACCAAGAAGAGCAAUGGUCAAGGAAGGUCAUAGUUCGAAUGAAGGACGUCAUUUCUGAAGUGCGGAAUCUAGUCACUCUAAACAGUACUUGUACUGAUCAUGACCGUCAGCUACAUCUGUUACAGUUUCUAGCCGUACACUCGUUCUGGGUUGUGAGCAGACGUACGGAGGUAGUCCAUUGUACACGGACCAACAGAAGUAUAGAUAAUGUAAUGAGGAAACAUAUACAGGAUAACUUCUUCAAAGCCCUUAACAAUCUUCUUGUCUAUAAAACAGAGAAGUCAAAAUCUACCUCUGUGAUUGCGUAUAUACACACAGGACAACGGCUGAUACAGUAUAUGCAGACAUUGAUGAAGAGUGAUAAUGCUGCUAUAUGCCUGGUUAUGGAGCAACAAGAUAAGAUACCUCGGGAGUGGAAGGCAGAUUGGAACAAGGUGCUGGAAACUAUGGAGUCUGUUCAAACUAAGCACAUUCCGGAUGAUUCUGACAAGAUGACCACCGGACAUGCCUUUUUGUUACUGCUGUUUUAUAACAUCACCCAGCUGCUGGUCGACCCCGCUACUGCCUCCAGUCACCUAGAGGAUGUGUAUGGAUGUCUGCAGAACGCCUUCAAGUCCAAACGAAAAUCUGUUUCUCAAAAGUCUGCCGAAGAACCGGAGUGGAUAGAAGUGAUGACAGAGGUUCUGAUCAGUAUGAUGUCACAGGGGUCAGUGCUGGCCAGAACUACAGCUACAGAUGUGUACAUGGCUAUUGCUGACCACUUAACACCAGCCUCUGUCCAGCUCAUUGUUGAUGUUCUAAUGGCAGAUGACAAGGAAGGUAGUGAUGGCCCAGUAAGCUUUGAGGAUGAUGAGCAGGACGAUGAGAUGGAAGGUGUCGAAGAGGAAGAUGCGAUAGAAGGGGGAAAUGGAGAAGUAGAGGAGGAAUCUGAGUCGAGUGAGUCUGAGGAGGAGGAGGAGGAGGAGGAAGAGGAGGAAGAGGCCGUGAACGAGGAGUUCCGUCAGAAGUUGAGGUCAGCAUUGGGACCAGCCGCUGAUGUAGAGGAAAGUGAUGACGAGGAGUUAGAAGACAUGAGUGACAGUGAAAUGUUUAAGCUGGAUCAUGUGAUUGCGGCGGCCUUCAAGGGAAUGAGGCAGGCUAAAGCAAAGGAGAAGAAUGAUAACAAGAAACAAAUGCUGGCCUUCAAAAUACGCUUACUGGAUUUGCUGAUGGUGCUAGCCAAAGAGAAAAUGUCUGCUGAUGUUGUCAUGGAAUUGAACCUACCUUUACUUGAGCUGAUGUUGAAUGGAGAGAAAAAGAAAGAAGAAAGAGCGCUUGGGCAGCAUGCUCAGAAACUAUCACAAUUAAUGUACAGACAAGGAAAGGAGCUGCACGAUGGUGAUCUUGACAAAGAGGCCUGCACAGAACGCAUCAUGGACAUCAUACAUUUCUCUACACGACCCAUACUGAGCCAGUCUCUUGUCAACUCGGUUUCCGAUGCCUGUCUACUUGUAAUCCUGUUAUAUAUGAACGUGGGUGCUGCCACUGGAGAACCAUCACCAGUCAGGACUCGGUCACGUAAUGGGCCCAAGAAGGACCAGCCUAAGAAGGACCAUACUGACACCCCAAAGGUGAGACAUGAUGAAGUAAUGGAGAUUAUCAAAGAUAACCUCGACCAAUGCCUUCACGGACGAUCAAUUAAGGACAAAACCGGCAGAGACUUGCACUUGAAUCCAUCACUGUUCCUGAAUAUGUUCACAAAAUAUCCUGUCCUGUUCUGGGAUGUGACUAGCUCUCUGGUAAAGGUUUAUCAGGACAACAGCAUCAAAGUUUACAAUAAGACGCAGGCCAGUGCAAUGUUGGCGAAUAUGCUGAAUAAAGAUGUGGUGGAGAAGAUAGGUGAGGACGUUUGGACGACGUUUGCUACAUCAACGUUUGCCACACUUACAGAGGUCAUAUGUAAUACAACAAAGGAGAACUACUUCGCCAAGCUGAUGCACAACAUGCUACAAAUCCUCAGCAAGAUCUCCUCGCUGUCAGGCACAGCUCAGGGCUGUAUGUUGUCUGCAGAAGCCCAGACAAGGUUGACUGAUCUACUUCCACGAUGCAGCAAAGAGAAUCGUCGCCUUGCCCGUGCAUUGCUGAAGAAGGCUAAUCCAGAGUUUGAAGUGGAUAGCCGUGAAAAGAAUGAGGGAAAGAAACAGAAGAAGAGAAAAAUGAAGGAAAAUAAUGAAAGUUCACCAGAAAAGAUGAAGAAACCAAAUGACAGUGAAUUAAAAGAAGAAAAUGGAAAUUCACCAAAACUAAAUGAACUGAAAGAGUUAAAUGGAAACUCACCUAAAAAGGUGAAGAAACCUAAGAAGACGAAAACAAAAGGAGAGGAUGGAAAAUCACUGAAAAAGUCCAAAACGAUGGAUGUAUCAAGCUGAUGUGAGAACCUUGAAUUAGUCCGACAUUAGAACAGAUGUAGUGGCAGCCUCAGGUUGUGACCUGGUGUUAAUUUGUAACAUGACACAAAUGUAUUCAAGGGCUGAAGACAUGCUCUUGUGAGAAUUGAUUGUAAAAUAGAUGUAUGCAAGGGCUGAAGACAUGCUCUUGUGAGAAUUGAUUGUAAAAUAAAUGUAUGCAAGGGCUGAAGACACGCUCCCGUGAGAAUUGGUUGUAAAAUAAAUGUAUGCAAGGGCUGAAGACAUGCUCUUGUGAGAAUUAAAGGGCCAAGGGGAGGGUAUACUCAUGUGCAGAUUGAACUGUAAAUCAAAUACAUUAAAGACUGAGGUCAUGACCUUAUCAGACACCUAUUGAUUGACAAGGUUAAUAUUUACUUUUCAGUAGAUUUUAACUAAAGGGUCGAUGUCACUCUAGAUUGUAUAUUUGAGAUACUGUGUAGCAUCAUCUACACAGUAAAUUAUAAAUAGGAAAGAAAGAGAA